AUGGCCAGCGGAGAUGCCACCCUCUUUGAGGAGUCUUUCACCGUGACCGAGUACGAUCAGUCCAAGUAUGACCGUGUCGCACGCAUCUCGUGCACGUCGAGCGACUCACAAACCGUCAUGACGCUCGAUAUCAACAUCGAGCUCUUUCCCUGUGCUGUUUCCGACUCUCUGCACGUUGUUCUGACCACAACGCUGUCUCUCGAUGGAAGUAAGGAGGAAGAAAAGGGCUGGCGGGACGUCGGCAAAGGCGGUGAUGCGCCAGCCACGAUUGCCGACCUCUACGACUACGUGUGCCACGGCAAGAUUUACAAGUUCGAAGAGACAUACGACGGAAACACUAUCAACGCCUACGUAUCCUUCGGCGGUCUCCUCAUGUCCCUCCAGGGCCCUGUCAAGAAGUUGACUCCUCUGCGCGUCGACAAUGUCUACCUUCUUGUUAAGAAAUAA